AUGUCGGGGUUCAGCCCGGAGCUCAUCGACUAUCUGGAAGGGAAGAUUUCCUUUGAGGAGUUCGAAAGGAGAAGAGAAGAGAGAAAAACCCGCGAGAAGAAAAGUCUUCAGGAAAAAGGAAAGUCAUCAGUUGAAGAAAAUCCAAAUGACUCUGAAGUUCCAUCAUCAUCAGGAAUAAACUCUACCAAAUCUCAGGGCAAAGAUGCCAAUGAAGGCGAGACGUCAGAUGGAGUCAGUAAGUCAGUUCACAAGGUCUUUGCUUCCAUGCUCGGAGAGAAUGAAGAUGAGGAGGAGGAGGAGGAGGAGGAAGAGGAGGAGGAGGAGGAGGAGGAGGCGGCGCCUGAGCAGCCCACUGCCGGCGACGUGUUUGUGCUGGAGAUGGUGCUCAAUCGUGAGACCAAGAAAAUGAUGAAAGAGAAAAGACCUCGGAGUAAGCUUCCCAGAGCUCUGAGAGGUCUCAUGGGUGAGGCCAACAUUCGCUUUGCUCGAGGAGAACGUGAAGAGGCGAUACUGAUGUGCAUGGAAAUCAUAAGACAAGCUCCUUUGGCUUAUGAGCCAUUUUCUACUCUUGCUAUGAUAUAUGAGGACCAAGGUGACAUGGAGAAAUCAUUGCAGUUUGAAUUGAUUGCUGCACAUUUAAAUCCCAGUGACACUGAAGAAUGGGUUAGAUUGGCAGAAAUGUCCCUGGAACAAGACAAUAUUAAGCAGGCUAUUUUUUGCUACACAAAAGCACUUAAAUAUGAACCUACUAACGUCCGUUACCUGUGGGAGCGAUCAAGCCUUUAUGAACAGAUGGGAGAUCACAAAAUGGCAAUGGAUGGUUACAGGCGUAUUUUAAACCUUUUGUCUCCAUCUGAUGGAGAACGAUUUAUGCAAUUGACUAGAGAUAUGGCAAAGAGUUACUAUGAAGCCAAUGAUGUUACUUCAGCUAUUAACAUAAUUGAAGAAGCUCUCUCAAAACACCAGGGCCUAGUCUCCAUGGAAGAUGUUAACAUUGCAGCUGAACUAUACAUUUCUAAUAAACAAUAUGACAGAGCUUUGGAGGUAAUUACAGAUUUUUCUGGAAUUGUGCUGGAAAAAAGAACUACAGAAGAAGGCACUUCGGAAGAGAAUAAAGCUGGUGACAACGUUAUCUGUGCUAUACCUGAUGGUGUGCCGAUAGAUAUCACAGUGAAGCUGAUGGUCUGCCUUGUACAUCUCAACAUUCUUGAACCACUUAAUCCUCUGUUGACAACACUCGUGGAACAGAAUCCUGAAGACAUGGGAGACCUCUAUCUUGAUGUAGCUGAAGCGUUCCUGGAUGUUGGUGAAUAUAAUUCUGCACUUCCCCUCCUUAGUGCACUGGUCUGCUCUGAAAGAUACAACCUCGCAGUGGUUUGGCUUCGGCAUGCAGAAUGCUUAAAGGCCUUAGGCUAUAUGGAGCGUGCUGCCGAAAGCUAUAGCAAAGUGGUUGAUCUGGCCCCCCUUCAUUUGGAUGCAAGAAUUUCACUUUCCACCCUUCAGCAGCAGUUGGGUCGUCCCGAGAAAGCUCUGGAAGCCCUGGAACCAAUGUAUGAUCCAGAUACAUUAGCACAAGAUGCAAACGCAGCGCAGCAGGAACUGAAGUUACUGCUUCAACGUUCUACUCUGUUGUUUUCACAAGGCAAAAUGUAUGGUUAUGUGGAUACCUUGCUUACCAUGUUAGCCAUGCUUUUAAAGGUAGCAAUGAAUAGAGCCCAAGUCUGUUUGAUAUCCAGUUCCAAAUCUGGAGAGAGGCAUCUCUACCUUAUUAAAGUGUCAAGAGACAAAAUAUCAGACAACAAUGACCAAGAGUCAGCAAAUUGUGAUGCAAAAGCAAUAUUUGCUGUACUCACGAGUGUCUUGACAAAAGAUGACUGGUGGAACCUCCUUUUGAAGGCCAUAUACUCCUUAUGUGAUCUAUCCCGGUUCCAGGAGGCUGAGUUACUUGUAGAUUCUUCAUUGGAAUACUGCUCAUUUUAUGAAGACAAGCCAAAACGCAAAGAGCUAGAAUAUUUUGGUCUCUCUGCUGCAAUUCUGGACAAAAAUUUCAGAAAGGCAUACAACUAUAUCAGAAUAAUGGUAAUGGAAAAUGUCAAUAAACCCCAGCUCUGGAACAUUUUCAAUCAAGUUACCAUGCAUUCCCAGGAAGUACGACAUCAUCGCUUUUGUCUGCGUUUAAUGCUGAAAAACCCAGAUAAUCAUGCCCUGUGUGUCUUAAACGGACACAAUGCCUUCGUGUCUGGUAGUUUUAAGCAUGCACUUGGACAGUAUGUGCAGGCCUUUCGCACCCAUCCCCAGGAGCCACUCUAUAACCUCUGUAUAGGCCUAACCUUUAUUCACAUGGCAUCCCAGAAGUAUGUAUUAAAGAGACAUGCUCUUAUUGUGCAGGGCUUUUCCUUUCUUAAUCGAUACCUCAGUUUACGUGGGCCUUGCCAGGAGACAUUCUACAACUUGGGCCGUGCCCUUCACCAACUGGGGCUGCAUCAUCUUGCAAUCCACUAUUAUCAGAAGGCCCUGGAGCUCCCUCCGCUUGUGGUAGAGGGUAUAGAAAUUGACCAGAUAGACUUACGAAGAGAUAUUGCCUACAACUUGUCUCUCAUAUAUCAGAACAGCGGGAAUACUGGAAUGGCUCAGAAACUUUUAUUUACUUACUGUUCUAUAUAA